AAAGAUCGAUUUAAACAAAUCACAUGAGCUAUCGAGAAUGAGGGAAGUGAGAUGAACGGGGAAUUCCUGAGGCGUGGAGGGGAGGGGAUGCUCCAAAGCGCCAAGAAGUGGCGGUGAAAGAGAGAGAUUUUUAGAAGCUAAUUUAUCCACGACAACGGCUGCCAUUGGCUCGGUUGUCCCAUCGAGAAAUCACCACGACGGUCAUGCAAGCCCACCGUCGUCCCCAUCGCCCAACAGGUGUAAUGGCCUCCCGCGGACCAGUUUGUCUCCACGCCUUUCUACAAAACUUUCACUUGGCCGCCGCAUUUGGCAGAGAGAGAGAGAGUGAGAGAGAGAGAGAGAUGGGGGAAAGCGAGGAGCGGUGUGGAGGAGAGGAGGAAGAAGAGUGCUGCAGCAAGAGCAGCAAAGGUGACAGGACGAGGAGGUUCAGCGAGGAGCAGAUCAGAUCGCUGGAGUCCACGUUCGAGGCGCAGACGAAGCUGGAGGCCCGACAGAAGCAGCAGCUGGCGCGGGAGCUCGGCCUGCAGCCCCGCCAAGUGGGCAUAUGGUUCCAGAACAAGCGGGCGCGGUGGAAGUCGAAGCAGCUCGACAGGGAGUACCGCGCCCUUCGAGCCGACUACGACGCACUGCUCUCCCGCUUCGACUCGCUCAACAAGGAGAAGCAGCUCCUCCUCAAGCAGCGGCAGGGGCUGACGGAACUGCUUGAUAAGACGGAGAAGAACGAUCGAGAUGCUGCAAGCAAAGAGAAAGAGUGGCCAAGGCCGUCACUAAAAGAAGAACCGGAUCUCGAGUUCGCAGGUUGCACAGAAGAAGAAGAAGACGACGACGACAAUACGUUGAGCUACCUCUGCGAGGACGAACCAGGCCCGCGCGCCGUACAACCGGCAACCUCCUCCGUGCCUUCGUCGGCCGAGAAACAACUUCAUUCCGCCACCGGCCGGGCCGCAGCCCAGACGUCCUGUAGCAACUCACCGUGGUGGGAAUUUUGGCCUCUCAGUGAAUGAAUCGACCCAAGCCGCAGAAGGAACAAAAAGGAGUUGGAACACUGUUUUUGUUCUCUUCAAGCAAUCAACAUGCUGCUACGAAUCUUCUGUCGAUCUAUUGCCAUUUGUACAUCUGCUACAAAUAGAGUGACAUGUAGUACACAUUUGAUUAGUGUGAUUAAGCAAGCAUUUGAUUCAA